AGCCCGCCGGGCUCAGGCCGCCGGAUCGGGCGGCCGCGUUCGCGCGCGCGCGUGCCCCGCGCCGCCAUGCGUCCGGAGGCGAGUCCGCCGGCGGAGGAGCGGAACGCGCUCCACCAGUUCGCGCAGGACGUGCGCGAGAAGGGCACCGUGGGCGCCGUGAUCGAGACCGUGCGGCAGAACCCGCUCCUUCUGUUGCCAGGCGGCUCGGUCCUCAUGGUGGCGAAGCAUGCUUUCUUGUCCGACGGCGGGGCGGAGGGCGACCAGCAGCCCGUGGGAGCUGGCCAGGCCGCCAUCGGCGCGCAGCCCGCCUGCGGCUUCGACCUCGGCUCAGCCUUAGAGCCGCGCCAGG